AUGGCCUCACCUCCAAAGCCGUGGGAACGUCCAGGUGCAACAGCAGCACCACCCGCCGCAACCUCUUCCGCCGCCACCCCAACCGCCUCAACGACCUCCGCUGCUUCUCCCGCCAUCCCGCCACGACCCGAGUCCCUGACCGCAUCAGUCAACCAGAACGCCGCCGCAUAUAGCAGGAUGGGUUCCACCGGCUACGGAGCAUAUGGAGCAGGCGGUUAUCCAUCCUCGUAUUCCUCGUACGGGUCGCCAUACGGCGGCAUGGCGGGCGGCAUCGGUGGCUAUGGAGGUAUGGGAUACGGCGGAGGAAUGUACGGUGGCUACGGCGGUUAUCGGAGCAUGGGAGGAUAUGGCGGCAUGGGAGGAUAUGGAAUGGGCGGCAUGCAAGAUCCCAACAACCCGGAAAGUUUGACGAACAGGGUCAACCAGAGCACCCAGGCCACCUUCCAAGUGCUGGAAGGCAUCGUGGGCGCGUUCGGUGGAUUCGCACAGAUGCUCGAAAGCACGUACAUGACCACACACUCGAGCUUCUACGCUGUGGUUGCCGUGGCCGAGCAGUUUGGAAACCUCCGCGACACCCUUGGCCAUGUCCUCGGCAUAUACACAAUAAUGCGAUGGAUGAGGACGCUCAUCGCCAAGAUUACCGGGCGACCACCACCAGCCGACGCGAUGGCCCUCACACCGGCCUCUUUCGCGAGGUUCGAGGGCCGACACGCGGCGGACGGCUCACCAUCGCCCGCGAGGCCGAGCCGCAAGCCGCUCAUCUUCUUCCUCCUGUUCGCCUUCGGUCUGCCAUACCUCAUGACCAAGAUGAUCCGGUCGAUGGCCGCGUCGCACGAGGAGGAAGAGCGCAGGCGGCAACAGCAGCUGCAGGCGCAGCCGAUCGACCCGUCCAAGCUCGAGUUCUGCCGCGUGCUGUGGGACUUCUCGCCCGAGGCGAACGGCGACUCCGUGGUCAAGGGCGUGGACCUGGAGGUCAAGAAGGGCGACCUGGUCGCCGUGCUCAGCAAGACGGACCCGCUGGGCAACCCGAGCGACUGGUGGCGCUGCCGGUCUAGGGACGGCCGCAUGGGCUACCUGCCGUCGACGUUCCUCGAGGUCGCCAGGCGGCCCGUGGCUGCCAUCAAGGCCACGGCCUCGCUCGACAGUAGUAGGGCCAACUCGCUCACCAGCAGUGUUGUGAGUGCGGUCCAGAAACCCAUGGCGGCCCCCGAGCCGGAGAAGGUGCCUGUGCCGGCGGGCAAGCCUGGCGAUAUCACUGCCGACAGCUUCCAGAAGUCGCAGUUCUACAGCUAG